CAAAGCAUACCACUGAAGACGGAGCACCUGAUCUUUCUCGAAUGCAGACUGUAAAUUGGUAUAGCUUUUGUGAAUGCGCUUUACUGUCCUUGUAAAUGUGACACGGAUGAUUAGGAGCAUAUAUAGCUGAAUAUCGUACAUUAGACCCACGUUUAUAGACACAAUAAUAUAUUUGCUUGCGCAAGUAUGCCGAGAAGAAAACAGCAGGCGCCGAAACGUGCUUCAGCUUAUGAUUCAGAGAAUCUUAAGGAGACCACCACACAGAUUGAAGGCAUUGGAAAUGAUUGCUUGGUGACCAAGAGCAAACCACAGAGUAAAAAUGACUUGGAAGAAGUCAAACAUCCGGUGGAUGAACAAGAUUCCUCUGCUGAGCACUCAAGUCUUGAUGUUGACAGUGAAUAUCACAUAAGUGAAUCUAGUGACCCCACAUCAGAUGCUGAGAGCAUCUCAAUCAAAAAUAAGGAGGACACCACCAGAGACUUCCUGAAAGACAGCUCAGAGGACUCAGUAUGUAGUUCUGAUAGCCUAGAACAGAUGAAGGCUGUUUAUAAAAGCUUCCUCAAUAAUCCUUACUGGUCCUUGCUGAGCUUGAAUUCCUCUCAACCAUAUGCCAAGGAACAGCCUGCCAAAAGCAGCGGUAGUAGCAGCAACAAUAGUAGUCCAGGUCGCAACUCCAAUGACUGGCACCAGUCUGCUAUUGCAAAGACAGUCCAACAGAUGUCUCAGAAACAACCGAUUGCACUUGAACCAAGUCUUUUCUCCACUGUACAGCUCUACCGCCAAAGCACUAAACUCUAUAGAUCCAUAUUCACUGGAGCUAGCAAGUUCCACUGCAAAAGCUGUAGUGCAUCCUAUGACACCCUACUUGAUCUCACCGUUCACAUGAACGAAACAGACCAUUACAGUGAUGACAACCAUGAAGGUGCUAGCAAGGGCGCCAAGUCCUGGUCCAAGCCACGUAAGCGUUCUAUUUUGGAGAUGGAGGGCAAGGAAGAUGCCCAGAAAGUCCUACGUUGUAUGUACUGUGGGCACUCUUUUGAAUCCUUGCAAGAUCUCAGCGUACACAUGAUAAAGACAAAGCACUACCAAAAAGUACCUCUGAGAGAACCUAGAACAGUAAUUGCUGCUAAAGUUGUCUCUUCUUUUAGAAAGAAAGUUUCAGUGGAGCUGGAUAUUGGAAAAUCUCUGCAAACCACAGAGAAGAGAAGUCCAAAUGGAGGGCAGGCCAUUGAUAUUUUACAGACGUAUUCUGGACACUCUUUCACCAACAAAGAAGACUCAAUAAACCAGAAGGGCACUCCCCGUGGUAUGCAACCAAUGUCUCAGAACUUCACAUGUAUUGAGUGUGGAAUUUCACAUGACUCUUUGCAGCAAUUGAGUGCUCACAUUAUGUUGACUGGUCACUUUGUAAGAGUCAACCAAUCAUCAAAAAAGACAGACAAGCCCCUUUCAAAACAAAUAGUCUUGACUCCUCCCCCCAAAAAUAAGCGUAAGAGGGCUCAGUCCAGUUCCACCCCUCUCUUAGCAACAGGAAUCAAGGACCCAUCUUCUUGCCCAUCUCCAACGAUUAAGGACAGCAAGAAUAAGAUGCAAGUAAUAUCAUCCCUGAAAGACCACGAUUGUAAAGAGUCUGCAAAAGCAAGUGAUGUCAAGGAGAAAUUUGACAUGUCAUCAAAAUCUUAUUACCUUACUGAAGGGGAUCUUAUAGAGAGCCCUAAAAUUGAUUUUGACAUUCUCAAAUCACUGGAGAAUACAGUCACUUUGGCCAUUAAUAAAGCACAGAGGGGUGCCCCGAGCUGGGGGGGCUACCAAAGCAUUCAUGCAGCUUAUCAGUUACAAAACCAUCUGAAACCUCCUCUGUACAACUCCUCUUUGAAACGAUCAGCCAAUGGGCAGGAUGUCCAGUCUUUAAGCAAAAGUCUACUGGUCACUCCAAACACUCAACCGAGUGCUCCCUCAACAGUUGAUCACCAUGCCAUAGAUGAAUUGGAGAAGAUGGUUACAGGAAAUGUUGCUGAAGUAGAGGAAGAAAGGAAAUACUUUAAUGGGCAGGGAUCUGUGAAAGGGAAAUCACUAUCAUCAAGCUCCCCAACUGAGGUCACUGUAGGUAAGACAGGUGAGAAGAAUAUUCUGAAGCACACUCAAGACUUCCGAAAGCCUCCCACGUCUGUUUCAGAUCUGUAUGAUAAUUCUUCUCUACAAUCUGCCCACCCUGAGCACAAACAACCCUCUGUCAGUCCUAUAAGUGCCCUUCAGUCAGUUAUGAAUCUUCAUCUGGGUAAAGCUGCCAAACUGGUGAGGCCUGUCCAGGACCCGAUGAGUAUGCUUCUAAGGAUGAGCAACAGCAUGGCAGAAAGGGCCGCACUGGCUGCUCCAUCUGGACAUUCAAUGAAACUAAGCCAGUCACAUUCUGACCGCCAUGAAAUGUAUGGAGACCAACCGAUAGACUUGUCCAAAGGCAAAACUGAACAGUGUCUUAAGGCUGCCGCUCUCCCAGGCAAAGCAUUGAGUUCCUCCGCAUCUGUGAGUGAAUCAGCUGCUUCCAAAAUAUUCACACCAGACAGUCCUUUGUGUGAAAAUGCACUCUCAGACAUGCUGCAUAAUCUGUCAGACUCUCAAGUUCUGAAGCCUCCAACACUUUUAUGUAGGACAGAGCAGUCAGAAAUAGAGGGCUCUCAUACUUCAGAUGAGGCAGAGGAUAUGUCCAUGGUGCACAAACGUAAAGGUAGGCAGUCACACUGGAAACCCCAGCAUUUGCGGAUUUUGCAGGCUCAGUUCACUUCUUGCCUCAGGCAGACAGCUGAUGGAAAGUAUGUGAUAUCAGACUUGAGCACCCAGGAAAGGAUGGUCAUAUCACAUAUAACAGGUCUGUCUAUGACAACCAUCAGCCACUGGCUGGCCAAUGUGAAAUAUCAGAUGAGACGAACAGGCAGAACAAAAUUCAUAAAGAACGCUGACUCUGGGCACCCAGUUUUCUACUGUAGUGAAUGUGCUACACAGUUCCAAGCUCGCUCAACAUACAUCUGUCACCUUGAGUCACACCUUGGGUUUAAAAUGAAAGACUUGGCCAAACUUACUUUUCCUCCUGGAAAACCUGUAUCUCCUGCUAGAGGAGGUCAAGAGCAACUGCUAACAGUGCCAGCACUCUAAAAAUCCAAUAUUUUUUAAAUGAACAUUUCAAUUAACAAGGUGUAAUGCUUUAAUAUAUAAAACAUAAACUCAUUUAGCACUAUAUGUCAGGAUAUUUAUUGGAUGUUUAGAUUACUCAAUUGGUUUAUAAUCUAAGGAUUCAUAAUCAAAUAUUUAUGCAUUUUUAAUACAUUAAUUUUCACAUUUGGCCUUAAGUGUAGGCUAAGCUCUAGGGUCAUGGAUGUUAUCAUGGUAUUUUUAACAUUUAAAAUAUUUUUAGAAUUUUAAAGGGGUCUACUGCCAACAAACAAAUACUCAGUAGAACAAACUAUAACAGUAUGUAAAUAUAUAUAUGUUUUAAAAUUAUUUUUUAACAUUCUUGAGUUGCUUUUCUUGACAUUUGAGUAUGUUUCGCUCUUAUGAGAAAAUAAUGUACAUUUGUACAUUGAUAAACUGUAAUGUUAUGAAACUCUUUCUCAUGUUUACCAGUCCCAAAAGUUUGUUCAUGCAUAAGAAUGUGAUUUAUUUAAAAUUAGAUAAUUAAAAAAUGUAAUAAUAAGUGUUAAGUCUUAAACCUUUCACUGUUGUUACAGAUUUGCAUUUUUACAGGUACAUUUUCAAAUAUUUUAACAUCUGUUAAUUUUCAUUUUAACAAGAUUCAAGAAGGCAUCUGUUUUUUACAUGUAUAAUGUAAAAAGAGGCAAUGCAGUAUGUUAAAUUUCAGUAAUCUUUGUUUAUAGAAACACAAAAAUUCUGUUAGAAAAAAAGAACUGUCUCAAAUCAUUAGCCUCUAUCAGACAUUCAGUGGAGCCUGAUUAUCUCUCUUUCAAUGUUUCAAAUGUUUAAUUGAUGUACAGUUAUAUCAGUGAUAUCCUGAGCAGUGAUGCAUACCUGAUAUCACUAUUCUAAUAUAAAAUUGGAUGCCCCCUAUUAAAUUAGUCAUGAAAAAAGAGUCCAGAAAAUUUGGUCAAAGUUUGUCAUGGAGAGUGCAUCAUUUGGCUGGUCAAGGUUUAAAAUUUUAGAAUCAUUAAAUAUUUCAAAUCUAUUUCAUUCAAAAAUCUUAAAAUCUCAUCAUGCGCUGAAAUUUCUUUCUCUUUGAGUCAGAUCCAUGGACUCUUAGACCACUGACACUAACCGAAAGUAGGCAUGGUUGGGAUGGUAAGGCUGUUUGCCAUGCAAUAUUGGCAGAUAGAAUAAAAUACACAUUGUUGUGUAUUUCUUUUGUUUUGUGCCUUUUGAUACUGUGAAUUCAGUCAGGGUAGUCACGCCUCAGUGGUAAUAAAAUGAGAAAGAGAGAGAAGUGCUCCCUGUCAGAUUUACAUCAGCCUAUGUCAUCGCUCUAAUGAAUAUCAUCUAAAUUGCUUUGUAUAUCUGAACAGUUUGGAUGUCAAUCUAAUUUGAGUGCAUGCACUGAUGGGAAGGGGGCCAGACUAAUGAGAAGAGAGCUACGUUUGACAGUGCAAUAAGCUUCAACCUGAUCAGACAAGUUUGAACAGGAAUUAUGACACAUAUGCCUAUCAAAUAAAAGUUUAUAUGGAAACAUCUUGCUUGUAUUUGAUAUGAAACUUACUUUCUUCCAUGGAACAUGGAUGGGGACUGCCGAUCUCCUUUUGUGCUCCAUAUAGGGGGGUAAAAAGAUGUUUUGAACUACAUGCGGGUGAGUAAAUGAUGACAGGAUUCUUAUUUUUGGCAUUGUUGUUUAUAAAUGUUCCUCAUAACUGCAUUGCAGAUAAAUUAAAAUAAAUUGAUUACAGGGCCAGCACAAUCCUCAUCUCAUCAUUGCCUUUUGGAAAGCAUGUUCACCCGCUACUUGAGUGUCAGUUCCUAUUGUGACCAGACUUGAGUUGACGUGACAGUUUGCGACAGCUCUGGAGGACUCAUGGGACAUAAUCGAGGCAGUUGCCCACAUAUUCCACACUGACUGAAAUAUUCUCAGCACAA